CGUGUUUGAAUUCAUCAAUCUUGGCACCUCCGAGCUCAAAACCCCUAGAGAAACCCUAAAUUUGGUUGUCAGGGGAAUGUCUUCCGACCAUAUUUCAGGUGGUGGAGCUUCGAAGACGAAGAAGCAUAAGUGGAGCUCAAGCCAGAACCGACCUAAACCAAUGGUGGUUUCUAGAAACGAGCGAUCGCUUCCUCUGGUAUCUCCUUCGAACUCGGAGGACGAUCAUCACAUGUUAAAGAUAAGUCUGAGCUCGAUUUCGAAGCUUGAGGUUAUGAACUUGAAGCGGAAACUAAAAUCUGAGCUAGAUGAGGUUAGGAGCUUGAUCAAACGGUUCGAUCCCGAAGGUAAUCUUGGUGGAAAUAUUGGGUCAAUGGCUAAAACUGGUGUUGUAGGGAGAAACAAGAAGCUGAAAACAGGGAAUGGAGGAGGUAAGAAAAGUGGGCAUGGAGCUUAUAAAGGUACGAUUCAGAUUUUCAAGAACUGUAACAGUUUGCUUACGAAAUUGAUGAAGCAUAAGUGUGCUUGGGUAUUCAAUGUCCCAGUGGAUGCUGAAGGACUUGGCUUACAUGAUUAUCACAAUAUUAUUAAAGAGCCUAUGGAUUUGGGUACAGUGAAGACUAAGUUGGGGAAAAGUUUGUAUAAGUCGCCAUUGGAUUUCGCUGAAGAUGUUAGACUUACUUUUAACAAUGCGAUUUUGUAUAAUCCGGUUGGGCAUGAUGUGCAUCGUUUUGCUGAGCUUUUGUUGAAAAUGUUUGAAGAUAAAUGGGUAUCCAUUGAAAUGCAGUAUGAUAAUCUUCAUAGGAAGUUCAAACCAACUCGUGAUAUUGAGUUCCCUGCUCCUGCUUCAACCAUUGCUCCUAUCGUAGAGCCAUUACCUGCGGUUCCUUCACCUUCCCCGUCUCCUCCACCACCACCACCACCAGCACCACAACCUCCGGUACUUGAAAAUAGGACUUGGGAGAGAGAAGAAUCUAUGACAAUCCCAGUGGAACCUGAAGCUGUAACUACUGCUCCCGAGAAAGCUGAAGAAGAGGAAGAAGCACCUGUUAACAACAGGGACCUCACCUUGGAAGAGAAACGGAGACUCAGUGAAGAGCUUCAGGACUUGCCUUAUGACAAACUAGAGACUGUUGUUCAGAUCAUAAAGAAGAGCAAUCCAGAGCUCUCUCAACAAGAUGAUGAGAUUGAGCUGGAUAUCGAUAGUCUUGAUAUCAAUACGCUUUGGGAGCUUUAUAGAUUUGUGACUGGGUAUAAGGAGAGCUUGAGCAAGACAAACGAGGCCCAGGGAUUUGGUUCAGAAAGAGAUGCUGAAUCUGUUCACAAUAGUAUUCAAGAACCAACCACUCUAGUAACUGGCACCAAAACAUCGAGAGUUACUGAAUCAGGAAAAGCAAUUCGCACAUCAUCUCCUGGUCGGCAAGAAAACAAUGCAAGUGGAUCAAGUAGUUCUAACAGUUCUAGUAGUGACUCAGGAUCUUGCUCUAGUGAUUCUGACAGUGACAGCUCCUCAGGACGUGGAUCAGAUAAUGGUAAUUAGGCCAACAAGUCGAAAGUCUUUAGCUUUAGAGUCAGAACUGUCAUGCUGUUUGAUCUCUUUCAAUAGCACAGUUAGAUUGAUUACUAAGUCGAUAACUCUUCCCAAAAGGAUUGGUUUCUGUAUUGCGAUUUUUUACUGUACAGAAAAAUGAAACCAUUUUUAAUUU